AUGGACUCCUUUGCUAUCGUGUCACGCCUCCAACAACAAGUCGACGACGACGUUCACGCAUUGGAUGAGAUGAGCCAAGUCUACCACGCUCACUCCCAACAUGUCGAGGAGGCCGAUGACUCCCCCACGCCCGUCAUCGACAGCUUCUUCAGUCAAGGCGGCAAUGCGUCACUGUCGACCAUGACAAACUUUACUCUUUCCGAGUUUGAAUCCAUUUGGGCCAUUGUUGAGUCAGCCAUGGUGACGACAUGGACAAUGGGACGCGGCCGAAAAUCUAUGACGUCACCAAAGGAUGCAUUUUUCAUGGCAAUGUCCCUCCUCAAGCAUUGCAACGCGUGGGACAAACACGCCCUCGACUACAAGAUGAAGGCACCAACCUUUGAAAAAAUGAUCCACCGCGUCUUCGACACCGUAGAACCCAUUCUGUACGAGCACUUCGUAAAGCCGAUCAGCAUGACACAUCAAGUUCAACACGGACAUACGUUCAACAACUUUCCCUCCGCUUUGUACUGCACCGAUGUGAAGUUCCAGCCAUCAUACCGUCCGACGGGCCGAUUUGACGAGGCCAAGCACUACUUUUCAGGUAAACACAAGUUGUAUGGCCUCAAGCUCGAGUACUCCGUAGCAUACCCAGGUGUGGCUGUUGAUAUGUCCGAACACAGUCCUGGAUCUGUUGCGGAUGUGACAAUGUUCAUGCAUCGCCGGCAUGUCCAUAAAGACAUGCUUCGCAAGUCAGCGUCUGAGAUGGAAGAAGUUGAUCACGACGAAGGUGCUGAGGAGUAUCCAGACUCGUGGAGCAUACUGGUGGACAUGGGCUAUCAAGGGAUCCAACACGAAGUGCGGUCCAUGCAACCAAAGCGAAGACCUCAAGGCGGCCUUCUCACUGCACGAGAGCUUGAACGAAAUGCCCGACGCGUGGGUGCAGUCCCCAUGGACCAACGCUCGACAAUUCGUGAAAUGUCUGUCUCCACUGGUAUCGCGAUUGGAACGCUGAGCCGGCACCUCAGGAAGGGGACCUUUCGCCGUCGCUCGACACGCAUCAAGCCCCUGCUGUCUGAUGCCAACAAGCUGGAACGCGUCCAGUUUUGCCGCUCGCAUGCGCUCGCGAAUUUCGCCGGCGAAGCCGGUUCUUGCGUUGACUUCGACCCCCUAUGGGACGUCUUCCACUUGGACGAGAAGUGGUUCAAUGCAGACAAGGACCGGCGAACGGUGUACCUGCUGCCUGACGAGAUCCCUCAGAGGCGGUCGUGGAUGAGCAAGAGGUUCAUCCCAAAAGUGAUGUUCCUGGCCGCCGUCGCACGUCCACGCUAUGACGAAGGACGAGGCUCUCUGUUCGAUGGCAAGGUUGGGAUGUGGCCCUUCAUCUCCUUGGCUCCUGCCGUCCGUACGUCACGCAAUCGUCCAGCAGGCACGUUGGUCACAACCUUGGUCAACGCCAAUGCCCUGGUGUAUCGAGACGAGACUAUGUCAUCAACAAAGUCGUACCAGCAAUCAAGGCAUCAUUCCCAAGCACGAACAAGCGCGACAUCCUUCAGCAAGACAAUGCGACUCCACAUCGUUCGAUCACGGAUGCAGUGUUGGAGUCUUCCGCCCACGGACGGAUGGACGUUUGAGAUGCGCCGCCAGCCCCCAAACAGCCCAGACUUAAACGUGCUGGACCUCGGUUUCUUCGCGUCUAUUCAAUCACUCCAGUUGAAUAAGGCCAGUCCCACUGUGGAUGAGGUGAUUCGAUACACGCUAGCUGCAUUUGACGAGUUGAGCUAUGAGAAGCUCGAGUGUGUUUUUCUCACCUUUCAGGCGGUGAUGCGGCUGGUACUCGAGCAUGCUGGCGAAAACAACUAUGCCUUGCCUCAUCUGAAGAAGGCGGCUCUGCGCCGGCUCUGCGCCGCGCCGGCCAGGGAUUAA